CAGUGCGGCCGCGCCGAGGCGCGCUCCCUGCCUGCUCCGCGCCGCCCGCCCGGGGCCGCCGCCGCCGCCGCCCCGAUGAGCUCUUACUUCGUGAACCCGCUGUACUCCAAGUACAAGGCGGCGGCGGCCGCGGCGGCGGCGGCGGCGGCGGCCGCGGCGGGCGAGGCCAUCAAUCCCACUUACUACGACUGUCACUUCGCGCCCGAGGUCGGCAGCCGCCACGCCGCCGCCGCCGCCGCCGCCGCCCUGCAGCUCUAUGGCAACAGCGCCGCCGGCUUCCCGCACGCGCCCCCGCAGGCGCACGCGCACCCGCACCCGUCGCCGCCGCCGCCGCCGCCGCCCGCCCCAGGGUGCGGCGGCGGGGGCGGCCCGGGCCCCGGGCAGGACUACUUCCAGCCCGGCGGGGGCAGCCCGGCCGCAGCCUACCAGGCCGCCCCCCCCCCUCCUCCGCAUCCUCCGCCUCCGCCGCCGCCUCCCCCCUGCGGCGGGAUUGCCUGUCACGGGGAGCCCGCGAAGUUUUACGGAUACGAUAACUUACAGAGACAGCCGAUUUUUACGACCCAGCAAGAGGCCGAGCUGGUACAAUAUCCUGACUGUAAAUCGUCCAGUGGUAAUAUUGGCGAGGACCCAGACCACUUAAAUCAGAGCUCGUCUCCUUCUCAAAUGUUUCCCUGGAUGAGACCACAAGCAGCUCCUGGUAGACGAAGAGGAAGACAAACCUACAGUCGUUUCCAAACCCUAGAGCUGGAAAAAGAAUUCCUUUUUAACCCUUAUCUGACCAGGAAGAGAAGAAUCGAGGUUUCCCACGCCCUAGCCCUCACGGAGAGACAGGUAAAAAUCUGGUUCCAGAACAGGAGAAUGAAAUGGAAAAAAGAGAACAACAAGGACAAAUUCCCAGUUUCCCGACAGGAGGCGAAGGAUGGAGAAACCAAGAAGGAAGCCCAAGAGCUGGAGGAAGACAGAGCUGAAGGCCUGACAAAUUAACUUCUACCUUUAAAAUUUUACCACAGACUAUUAAAACUAAUGAUCAACACAUGCUGUUGGACACCAUCUAUUUUCUUUGUUGGAAAGGACUUUACCUGUAUUUCAAGCUACCUUCAUGUCACUGCUCUUGAGGUUUCUGCGCUUUGAGAGGGGUUUGGGUGUUUAAAAAAAAAAGUUUCUAGUAUCACACAGAAGCAGCCCUUGAGCUGUCCUAUGUAAGGGUAAUUUGAUACUGACCUUGUUGCUAUAUUUUUAUAAUGGUAGUUUUUAAUGUCUGAGCUGGUGAUUUGCCUCAACAACGUAAACUUCCUAAUGAUUAGCACUAAAUAAUUGAAUAUGAAAUGCUUUAUUAAUCAAAUAAGUGCACUUGAACACUUAAAAUCAUUUCUUUAUGGUGAGUAAAUUAAAAGAGAUCUAUUAAUUUUUUUAAAAAAAUAUGCCUGCAGAAUAUUUACUUUAUGUUAUUUGAUUAAAACGUAUUAUUUAUGUUCUCUUUUUUUGCUUUUAUAAUGAAUGGUUCGGGUGCCUUUUGUUUACUCCUAAAAGGUUUGAGUGUUUUGUAAAUGUAAUAUCUCGGGGAAAAGUCUGGGCCAAAUAUUCAUAAAGCACAUGUUAGCUGAAGAGUGUAAUGUGUAGUCCUGCUCUGCAGCUUCCUUAAGCUUGGGGGAAAAUGUUGGGCCAAUGACAGAAGUUUCAGGAAAAUGUCAUAGUUGACAUUUAAUAAUUUUCUGUAGUCUAUACAAAUUAUAGCAAUUUAACCAUCUAAAGUGAAUGAAUACUUGAAAAGCCGAUUAUAACAUUUUCACUCAUUAACUUUUCACUCUGGCGAGUCGCCUCGUGAAAUGCCUCUUAUUUCUCAACUUGCUUUCGUUUUGAACUGCGCUUGGUAUCGCCUGAAAUCGCUAGGUCUCUAUGCUGUGGCCGCUGCUGUGAUUCCGUUUUUUGAAUAGGUGCCAUAUUUAUUUGUAUUCCCUUCGCUCUGUUUGCACGCCCAUUUUGAGCCAACUUGUGUGCGUCUCAGAUGUCGGUUGGUACGUCCUCUGCUGUUCUCCAGGAUGGCCUCACCUAUUGAAACAAGCCCUGAGAGCAAAUGCAGAAAAAUCCGAGUGUAAACAACCGCUCCAGAAUAUAGCUAGCUCCUCAAUAAAGAAAUGAAUCUUUUUCUAGA